AUGUCGCAAAACGCCCCCGGCCAGCUCACCAACCAGCUGAUGAACCCCAACAUGCACGAAAACCUCUCGAGCACCACUCUCCAAGAGACAGAUAGCGUCAACACGUUGCUGUCGCGAACCAGCCAGAAGAACGGCAAUUUGUUGGACCUGGAGCCUCGCGACGCCCGAGAUCCCCAGCCAAUUGGCGGCGAGUCGCCGGCGUUGCUGGCCACGUCCGUUGGGUUCGACUCGCAGGGCCACCUGAUCACGUCGGCCUCUAACAUUUCGCUUUUGUCGCUUAACCAACAGGUCGCCACGCUUUCGUCCACUCCGUCCAAUUUACAACGAACUUUCACUAACCCACGUCUGCCGCUGCUCCAGACGUCGUCGGCGACCGCAGUCCCACAGCAGCAGCAGUACUACCGCAAGUACUCGUUCACGUCGCCCAAGACGAGCGCCCGUGCGCAGCCGAUGGCGAUCCACGCGGCGCCAGACUCACCGUCCCUGAUCCCGACGUCGCUCGCGGCGUCGCCGUCGAACUUCAACCUGAACCAGUCGUCGCCGCCAAACUCGCUCAAGUCUCGCAGCUCGUCCUACAUCAACGCCCCCAGUCUUCGGCUCAACACAAGAUUUCCUACUCACCUCCCUUUGACGAGAACAGACUCGGUCCCGAACUCGAUCGGCGGCCGCUCGCCAGAAUUCCUGCCCUGCUCGCUCUCGAUGCCACCGAUGACGCCGCUUAACCUCUCGAUGCCCGCCGUGACGGACGAAAGCCCGUUCGACAACGAAAGCGACCCCAACAGCCAGGGCAGCUACAAAAGCGGGAAAAGCCCCAAUUUUGAACAUUACGACGGCCCCGUCUUUGCAGAGCAAAUCCAGGACGCAGAACUAUAA